AUGCUAAGUGAGAUAUACAGCACGACGCGCGCGACACGGCGCAAUGCGCUCAAUAAGCUCGCCGAGCUCUCCGCAGAGAGUACGACGGCUAAUACCGCCGACGACAAUGACCGGGAUAUGAAGAGGCUAUGUGCUCUGGGAAGAUUUCAAAGGAGUCUGGAUGGAAACGGCACACUCGAUGGCACGAAGAAGCAGUCGCGAAUCUCGUCCAUACCAAUGAGUGUUAAGGAGUUGGAAGUUCUACUGGCAUUAUGCAAAGCAGCUCCUUUGGUACAGACAACCAAGGAUGCGGAGGCGCUUUUGCGACAGCUAGGACCAUAUGUGCGCGAAGCUCACAGGCAAGCCUUCGAACCGACCCCGUUGUAUCAGCAAAUGCCCCCGUGUGAGACUCUGGCUUUCGAUUUAACAACCGCGGUGUUGGCUCUAGGCAUCAAUCAUCCUUCUCUGAGGCCGGAGGCGUGGUCAAUCAUCGAUGACACGAUCGAGGAGCUUGUGAACAGUGCCGAGAAUACAGCGUGGUUGAGGCCUCUCGAGACUGGCGAAACGAAGUUCGAUAUCAACGAUCAGACAUUGCGCGCAAUUCAACUGAAUGUAUCACUUCUCGGCUUCUUCCGUGGUGUUGCGAAAUACGUACGAGUCUGGUCGCCGGAACAGCGCAUGAACCUCAUUCCACAUCUCCGGCGCAUUUUGUCCGAAAAGUACAUGGUCUCUCUCGAAGGCGCGUUGUCUGCGAUUAGAAACUCCAGCACCUCCUCGCGACCUGUCAAAGAAUGGAGGCGAUGGUCUCGUCACUACGCUGCUCAGGGACAACCCCUUGGUGCCAUGCUGCUACAGCAAGCGUUCAUGGAAGUUGUAGAGGAAAGUUGCUUAGCGCUACUGCCACUCUCAGAACCACUUAGGGGCACCGCGUUCUUGGACCAUCUCAUGCAACGCAAGCCAUCUGCAUAUCGCGCUAGCAACCAGGUCUCGAGCGAGGUCAUCCACAGUCUGACGGACGUGAUUGCCAAUGAGAUGAAGUAUCUGGACGCAGAUGCGGACUACCUGAAGUUGGGGUCGCCUUGGCAGCAAAGGCUGGCUCGAGAGGUCAAAGCAAGCGCACUCCGGAGUUUUCUGUGUUGCUGCAUUCUCAAUGGCGACAAUGCGAAUGCCGAAGUUCUGCACACCGAUAUUCUCAAAGGCUGGCUUGAUGCCGUUACCGCGGACACUUCACAGAUGAUUGACGAGGACCUGGCGCAAAAUGUUCUUAAAUGCAUGACGAUCCUUGCGAGUCUCUCAUCACCCAUCGCCUCUGACCUUACGCGAUCGAUGCCACGAUUGCUUGUGCAAGGCAAGAUGAGCCCUCCAACUGCCACAGUUGCAAGCGAAUGCAUGGCGCGGAUCCUCAAGUACCUACCGCAGGAUGUGGUGAUCAGCACUCUUUAUAACUUGGGGAAUGUGCUCAGCACCAAUUCUGACAAUCAAACCAACAGCAAGUCACCCCUCUUCGAUAGCACAUUGAGCUCGAGGAACGGAAAUAACUUUGGACCUCAACCUGUGGGAAGCGCUAUCUCUUUGGUGCUUAGCAGCAGUGAUGAUGGCGAUGUGGCCAUGACAUACGGCACGAUCGUUCAAGCUAUAGUCGCCAUUGCUGUUGCCCGUAGCGAAACACAGCUGACCGCUUUGGUCAUAUCGAUGCUGGUGCAGAAGAUCGGGAGGAUCAAUGUUGCUGUGGAUGCUCGGAUCAUUGUCGAGAUCUCCGCCCUGGGCUUGUGUGGUGGACCUAGUGAACUGAAGUCCUUACUGAGAUUGUAUGUGCGAAUUGGAGCGGACGCACUUAUGAACAACAACGGGCUCCUUUCCACCGCUGUCAACGAAGCACGAAGCCGCAUGGCCAGCUGGAUCAAGAAGGAUACGCCAUUCUUCGAGAUAUACCUGACGCACCUUCUCUCACUCUGUGUUAGCAGUGGUGAUACUGCCGGCGAUCGCACCGUCGACAGGGCGUUUGCGUCAAAGACGAUUGCACAGCUUUUCCGCCCGAUGGCUAUUUUAGCGUCUAGCGACAGCGAAGCCACACCACAGAUCGAGGACGAGGACGAGCUGCGCGCCCUCGGUAGAGAUGCAUGGUUCAAUAUCGUCGUUCUGGGCUUUACUUGGCAGUCGGCUGCUACAAAAGAGCAUAUGAAGGAUCUUCAAACCCUUGCCCUGUACAGUCUUCCUUUGAUCGACGAGGCCAGAGUUGACAUGCCUGAGAGCAGCAUUGACCUCAAUGCCGUCCUGCGACGUGGCGCGAGCCCCCAGAAUCUUGUACAGCAGAAGCAGUCACUCAUUACCGCACUGCCGAAUUGCGAGUCCGACAUCAAAAGCCUCAGCUACCAGGAAUGCAACUUCCUCAACGCGGCCCUACUGGUCUCGACGCUGCGUGCGCAAGGCGGUGACUCGACUGCUGUUCUCCCAUACUUUCUAGAGAACAAGGUCAAGACGACCGCACUUGGUACGUGCAUGCUCGCCGUCGCUGAGAAAUCUGUGGCAACGUAUCUUCAGAAGGCGCUGUCGGGGCGCAGCCAGGACUUUGCAGCUCCACAAGUUGCAUUGCAGCUAGCUACGCUAUUUGAGGGAUGCUGCCAUCGCAUUGCCAAGGUGCAAGUCGCUGCUUUCACUAUGUGCGAUCGUAUCAUAAACGACAUUCCAUCGGCGCUGUGUCAGAAGGCCUCUCUAUUUGCGCUGCUCGAGCUUCUCACACUCAUGUGGAAGGCUUGUCUCGACAGCGAGACCGACGAGUACACGUGGAAAUCGCACUACAGUUCCUUGAAAGGCAAUGUCUCUGUUCAAUUGUCCGACGAUGUUGCGUAUCGCAAGGGCACGCUUAGCAGCUUUCAUCAACGCGGCCGCGUUUGGGUAGCCAAAGCGAUUGAUGUCGCUCCCCUGGAUGUCAAGGGUCUGCUGCAAGCGUACCUGGAAGACUACGAAGAUGAUGGCGCUUACGGACACAUCGCUCUUGGAAGAUCUCUUGCGGUAGAAAUGGGGGCUUUGAUACCUAGCACUGAUCAGAGGCUCACGAGCCUGGAACGCCAGCGAGACGUGAGCAUCAACACUGCAUCUGAUUUCGUGGCGCAAUAUACGACCCGGCAGCAGUAUCGCCAUUUGGACGUCAAACAAGGUACGGACGAUGAGUGGGCACUCGUCGAUUACGGCGGGCAGUCUCGUGACGCUCUAAUGGAUGUAGAAGAGUCUGUCCAAGACGAAGCUGCGGAGCUCAGAAAUCUCUCUCGUCGUCUAAGGAACCAUGCCGUGGUGCCCUUCGCUGAGGUCCGUGACACAUUACGGAACGCUGCCGGCAUCCUCAGCAGAAGUGCUUCAGACCGCGUGGCACUAAUCCAGGAUCUAGUUGCAAUUCCCUUCUUGAUAUUCUCGAAACAGUCUAUCAACCUGGGAAUAUCUCUCUGGCUUGGCAUCGUCAAGGAAAAUCCAAGCAUAGAAUCUCGAAUUUUGGUGGAAGUCGCCGCCGGCUGGGAAGCAUCAGUCAGACGGAAGAAGGGCUUCUUCGAUAUUCACUUCCAGCACCUCGACCCAUUCUACGUGAAAGAAGAAUUCGCUCCUUCCAACUGGGAAGCCAUCAAGAGACGAGAGCAGAUUACUCACAAUCUGAUAGCUCCGCAUCUGCGCCUGACGCACUUCCUCUCCAGCCACUUCAGUGCCACCAGACUGACUUCGCCGUCAGUGGAGCGUCUCUACUCUCGCCUCAUGCGGAUCACGCUUCUGGCCAUGCGGAAGGUCGUCAGCCAGCCAUUGGCCAGGGAGGUACACUUUCACAUCGUCUUGCUCGCUCAGAAGAUCCUUCGCUACAGUGUCAAUCUGGACGCUGCUGCUCAAUGGCGACUCAAAGAUGCAAUCAUCUCGGCUGGCUUGUCUUGGUUUCGCACCUCUCCAAGGUGGUCUUUUGGGAGCAACAGAUUACAGCUCAAGGCGGAGACCAAAUUGCUAAAUGAUGUGUCCAAUAUGUUCCGUGACCUUAGUGGCAUUGGCUCUAGGGUCGGUCGGAGCUUGCCUGGUCUACAGCACAAGCAAGAGCUGCUGUUGCAUCUGAUCAGCCACGAGAUUGGCCGACUCACCGUAUGGAUAGCACCUCUUGAACAAUCCAAGGGCCUGCUAUCGGGAUCCCACGAAGACGCCACGCAAGAGGCAGCGAUUACUCCACUCGUGAAGACGGCGUGGGACGAAGAUCCUAGCAUUGCAAUUCAGCUGUGCACACGAUUCGUGAAAUCGCAGUCGAUACACAGCCAAGUCCGACAGCUCUUGCUGCAGCAGCCUGAGGAUGCCAUUGGGGAGGCAGAUGCUCUAAACAUUCUGCUCGGACCGGAGCUGGCUUCCGACGUCAAGACACAGCUGAAGUAUCUUCUGUACUGGGCACCAGUCAACCCGAUGGCGGCCGUCACCUACUUCCUGCCAGCAUACGCCAAUCAUCCUUUCAUCGUCCAAUAUGCGGUCCGCGCUCUCGAGGCCCAUUCUGUCGACAUAACUUUCUUCUAUGUUCCGCAGAUUGUGCAGGCCUUGCGCUACGAUACUCUUGGAUAUGUAGAGCGAUACAUCAUUGAGACAGCCGCUUUCUCCCAGCUGUUCGCACACCAGAUCAUCUGGAACAUGAAGGCGAACGCAUACAAGGACGAGGACUCCCAAGAGCCAGACCCCGUGAAACCCGUGCUGGACCGUGUCAUGGGCGCCUUAAUCUCGAGUUUCUUACCGGUGGAUAAGGACUUUUAUGAGCGCGAAUUCGACUUCUUCGGCAAAGUGACGGGUAUUUCUGGAACGCUGAAGCCUUUCAUAAAGCGACCAAAGCCGGAGAAGAAGCAGAAAAUUGAGGAGGAGCUGCGCAAGAUCCAGGUCGAGGUUGGGGUCUACUUGCCAAGUAACCCCGACGGCGUAGUCAUCGGUAUUGACCGCAAAUCCGGCAAGCCCUUGCAGAGUCACGCCAAGGCUCCCUUUAUGGCAACUUUCCGAAUCCGCAAGGAGGAAAGCGAACAGGAAGCAGAGGAAGAGGCUCAACGGACCGGACAACUGGCGAAGCGUAAGACCUGGGAAGCGUGGCAGUCAGCCAUUUUCAAGGUCGGAGAUGACUGUCGUCAAGAUGUGCUCGCUUUGCAGAUGAUCGCAGCCUUCCGGGGGAUCUUCAACAAUGUCGGCCUGGACGUGUAUGUGUUUCCCUACCGCGUCACAGCCACGGCACCGGGAUGUGGCGUCAUCGACGUCCUGCCGAAUUCGAUCUCCCGAGACAUGCUCGGGCGUGAAGCCGUCAACGGGCUAUACGAGUACUUUGUUUCCAAAUACGGAUACGAGGACUCGAUCCGGUUCCAGGAAGCGCGCGGCAAUUUCGUCAAGAGCAUGGCCGCGUACUCGAUCAUCUCCUACCUGCUCCAAUUCAAAGACCGGCACAACGGCAACAUCAUGGUCGACGACGCGGGCCACAUCCUCCACAUCGACUUUGGCUUCUGCUUCGACAUUGCUCCCGGCGGCGUGCGCUUCGAACGCGCCCCGUUCAAGCUCACGCCCGAAAUGGUCGCCGUCAUGGGCGGAUCCGUCGACUCGCAACCUUUCAAGGCCUUUGAGAAACUCUGCGUCAAGGCCUUCCUGGCUUCCCGCCAGUACGUCGAACAGUUGGCGCACAUCAUCAUGACCAUGCUGGAUUCCGGCCUGCCGUGUUUCAAACCGCAGACGAUCCAGCACUUCAAGGAGCGGUUUGUCCUGGACAAGAGUGAUCGGGAAGCGGCCAAGUUUGUGCGGCAUUUGAUCCAUGUGAGCGAGAGGAGUUGGUCGACGGCUGGGUAUGAUUAUUUCCAGCUCUUGACGAAUGGGAUUCCGUAUUAG